GGCUAACCCCGCGUUUUUCUUUCAUACCGUGGUCCUCAAACAGUUUAUUUUUUUCAGAAUUUAGAUUUUUUUAAGAAAAUCUGGGGGAUGUAUUGCGCUUUGUGGUCUAAAUCGAGAGCGGUGUGAUCGAUACACAAUACACGCUCAUUAUUCACUGUUGACUAUCUAUUAAUUUAAUAUGGGGUCUUCACUAAUGAAGAGAAUGCUUGUCGCGCGCCAAGUAGCCACCGAUGCGAAGCCAUCGUGUGGGAGGGCUGUCAAUGGGGAAGACUAUAACCUCAACCUCCACAUUGCCGCUGUUUUCAUCAUCCUCUUCGUGUCAUCAACAGCUUGCGCCUUCCCUCUCAUUGUGGUAAAAGCACCCCGCCUCCGCAUCCCACCCACCUUCCUCUUCGUCGUGCGUCAUUUUGGAACGGGUGUCCUAAUCGCUACUGCGUUCGUGCAUUUGUUGCCCACGGCGUUUAUUUCCCUCACUGAUCCCUGCCUGCCCGAUUUCUGGAAUAAGGAUUAUCCUGCUAUGGCGGGGGCGUUGGCUCUUGCUGCGGUGUUCAUGAUUGCUGUGGUGGAGAUGGUGUUUAGUCCGGGGAAGAAUGGGUGUGCAAUGCCGGCGGGAAUGAUGGAGGAGAGUAUCGGGGGCGGGCAUAGGAAUGAGAAUACGAAAGAGGGCUCUAGUGUCGGGAAUCAGGAGGGAGAAAGGCGACCAGAACAGGGGCUCAUCCACGGCCGAAAUAAUAGCACAGGAAGGGAGCUCCAGAGAAUCACGAAAAGCAGUGCAGCUUUCGAUGCGGGGGAGCGCAAUACACUCCCUCAAGCUAAAGAGGAGUCUGAAAAAUAUGUAGCUUCAUCAUCUGCGAAUGGAACAGCAAUCACGCCCAUCGAGAUACAAAAUCACAAGAAAGCACUAAUGCAGUGUGUGCUGUUAGAGAUGGGGAUUCUAUUCCACAGUGUGUUUAUUGGCAUGGCACUCAGUGUUGCUGUUGGGAACGAUUUUAUCGUGCUUUUAAUUGCAAUUACUUUCCAUCAAACAUUUGAAGGUCUCGCACUUGGGUCACGAAUUGCGGUCCUAAGUUGGAAAAGACAUGCUUUCCAACCUUGGCUUAUGGCGCUCGCCUACGGCUGCACAACGCCAAUAGGCCAGGCCAUAGGUCUAGCAACACGCACCCUCUAUGCACCCGGCUCACAAGUUGGCCUCCUUAUGGUCGGGAUUAUGAAUGCUAUUUCAUCUGGAUUGUUGACGUUUACGAGUUUAGUGGAUUUGAUGAGCGAGGAUUUCUUGAGUGAUGAGAGUUGGACAGUUUUAAGGGGGAGGAGGAGGGUUUGGGCUUGUUUGCUGGUUUUUGCGGGAGCAUUUGGGAUGAGUUUGAUUGGUGCUUGGGCUUGAGGUGACGUGGAUGCAAAAAUGGGAAAGUGAGAAUAAUCAAUGGGGUUGGAAUGUGACCCAACAAACCUGCAUACGGCUUGAAGAGCCCGUCGCCUGUGGAUUGCAUUCGCUGCUGUGAAUCCUUCGCCCACGUUGUUAGCUAAUUCUGAGGCAAUGUAAGUAUAUUAUGGAG